UCAGUGUACACAACGGCCGACGUUCCUAGCUUAAGCGAGAUGUCUCGCGGAGCGACCGUUGGAAGCGUCGUUGAGAUGUCCGGUUCUGUCAAACUUUCAGUCAUACGUUUAGAGUAAAUAAUUCCACCUCAUUUUGUUAUUUAACGUAAAUAUGAAAACCGUGUGCUGGUGUGUUACGGUUUUAUUGUCUUCUGUGGCGCUGUGUGUGGAUUUUGAAGACGGAGGGCGGCUCGCUCGGGGGGCGCAGGCGACGUUUGUGAGGAGCCACACAUGGAGAAACGCUCUCGGCUCUAAAGGCUCGCCGCUGCCGCUAACGGGCCACGGGAAGGUGAAAAGGAGCGAAGGGUCCGCUGGAGACUCGUGUGGCUCCCUGCAGGGCUACGAGUCCAGGCUAAAGGACAACACGCAUACUUAUGCCUUUAAUGACCUGAGCGGCUCUGUGUCUCUUGCCUGGGUUGGAGAUGGAACAGGGGUGCUGCUGGUCCUCACCACAUUUCAGGUGCCUUUCUUCAUGAUCCGCUUUGGCCAGUCCAAACUGUACAGAAGCGAAGACUAUGGAAAGUCCUUCCAGGAUGUUACGGACCUCAUCAACAACACCUUCAUCCAGACCGAGUUUGGCAUUGCCAUUGGCCCAGAGAACUCUGGGAAGGUUAUCCUCACAGGUGAUGUGUCUGAAGGGAAGGGCGCACGGAUCUUCCGCUCGCUGGAUUUUGGGAAGAGUUUUAUUCCCUCUGACCUGCCCUUCCAACCGAUAAUGCAGAUUGCUUACAACCCGGAAAACAGCAGCAUACUCACUUCCAUCAGCAUCACAUAUGACCUGUGGCUGUCUACUGAUUUUGGACACAGCUGGAAGAAGAUUCACGACACAGUUUGUUUGGUGAAAUGGGGCAGUGCCGACACUCUGUUCUUCACUUCAAACCCCAAUGGAUCCUGCAGUGACAAGGGUAUGCUGGAACUGAGGAAGACCUCUGACUUUGGCCAAAGCUUUAAGACUAUAGGGAGCAGGAUCUACUCCUUUGGGCUGGGAGGUCGCUUUAUUUUCGCCUCAGUCAUGUCUGCCACGGGUUCGACACGUAUGAUCCACGUGUCAGUGAAUAAGGGUGAGGUGUGGAACAUGGCCCAGCUGCCCACGGUGGGACAUGAGCAGUUUUACUCCAUACUGGCCGCCAAUGACGACAUGGUAUUCAUGCAUGUGGACGAACCUGGAGACUCAGGAAUGGGCACCAUCUACGUGUCGGAUGACCGAGGCAUCGUGUUCUCCAAGUCACUUGAGCGCCAUCUGUACACAUCCACAGGGGGCGACACUGACUUCACAAACGUCACGUCCCUCAGGGGGGUCUAUAUGACCAGUGUACUAGCUCAGGAUGGUUCUGUUCAGACUGUCGUGACGUUCGAUCAGGGGGGGAAAUGGAGACCCCUGCAGAAACCCUGGAAUGGGGAAUGUGACUCUACCACAGGGGAUCCUGACAGGUGUAGUCUCCACAUCCACGCCUCCUACAGCACCUCCAUGAUGCUCAAUGUGCCGAUGCUGCCGCUGACGGAACCCAACGCUGUCGGCCUCGUCCUCGCUCAUGGCAGCGUAGGGAAUGCUGUGUCAGUGUUGUCUCCUGAUGUCUUCGUGUCUGAUGAUGGGGGAUACACGUGGUCACGGGCACUCAAGGGACCCCACCACUAUUCCAUCCUAGACUCGGGAGGACUGCUGGUGGCUGUUGAACACACCCCUGCACAGCCCAUCUAUCAAAUCAAAUUCUCCACAGACGAGGGCCAGUGUUGGCACGUGUUUAACUUCACAGAUGAACCAAUAUACUUUACGGGAUUGGCCUCUGAGCCUGGAGCUCGGUCCAUGAAUGUCAGCCUAUGGGGUUACAGGGAGUCUAUGCUAAGUCAGUACUGGGUGUCCGUCACCAUUGACUUCAAGCAGCUUUUCUCCAGAGACUGUGGUGAGGAGGAUUACGUGCAGUGGCUGGCCCACUCGGAUGACACCAGCGACCCGGCUGACGGCUGCUUGCUGGGAUACAAGGAGAAGUUGCUACGGUUACGGAAAGACUCUGUGUGCUGGAACGGACGUGAUUAUAUAAUCACCAAGCAGCCCACCCCGUGUCCGUGCACACUGGAUGACUUCCAGUGUGACUUUGGAUUCUACCGUGCAGAAAACAGCUCUGAAUGUGUGGAACAACCGGACCUGAAGGGCCACACGCUUGAGUUCUGCCUGCAUGGCCGCAAGGAGCAGCUGCAGACUAGCGGUUACAGGAAGAUCCCAGGGGACCGGUGUGAGGGAGGCACCAUGCCAGAGAGGCGGGUGAUCGACCUAAGCAAAAAGUGUGUCAGUAACCUGCUGAGACCAGAGCUGCUGUCGGAGGCUCAUUCCGGCAGCUCAGCUCCAGUAAUAGCUGUAGUCAUCAUUGUUCUGCUGAUUGGUGCUGUGGCCGGGGUUCUGCUCAUCAAGAAGUAUGUCUGCGGAGGAAGGUUCCUGGUUCACCGCUACUCAGAGAUGCAGAGGCACGUUGAGGCUAAUGGCAUUGAGGGAGUGGAUGACCUGGACGUUACAGAGGCAGGGAAGACGCAUUACAAUGACGACUCUGAUGAGGAUCUCCUGGCCUGAAAUUGAGCAGGAAACUGUCAGGUAGAAUCCUAACUCUUACUAGAGACUAACCGGGAUGCCUACCCUUCCAGUGUCCUGCACCGGCCCCUCUGUGUCAUCAUUAAUUUUACAUUUGUUGCUUCAGUGUUUUUUUUUUUUGUUUUUUUUUUUUUAUUCCCCUCUUCUACUGUCUACAUUCCCUGAGUGGUAGCAGUUAAACCCUGGCCUGCUCAGCUUCCUGCAUAAGUUCACCAAAGCUCUGGGGCAAAAAAAUAAAAACAAAAACUGGACAGCUUUUCCGGAGGACCGGGAAAUGAAAGGAUAGACAUUUCCCAGUGGAUCAGAUCCAGCCACUGGACAGGAGCUCAGAGUUCUUGGCAGUAUUUUUGUCUUGACAGUUUGAUAUAUAUAUAUUUUUUUUUAUGCCUGUUUUGUUUUUUUUUUGUUUUUUUUCCUUCUUCUUGCCGUGUUUCAUCUUCUGCAGGUGUGACACAGAUGACUUGAUGACUUGACUUGGUGGUUGUGGUUGUGGUUUGUGUGCAUUGGAAUCGUCAGUUGUAUAGCAGCAACUUCAGAUUUUCUAGCACCUUUGGCUUCUACUAUAUUCCUUAAGACUCAAGGACUGGAUUUUCAGUCACAAAUUAGUCUUAGUUUCACAAUAAAGGAAUUUUCGAUGGACAAUCUGCAUUAAUAGUCUUUAGUCUGACUUGAUCUGUAUCCAGACAAACAGGCUAUAAACGAUGCUGAUUUAAAUACUAGUGACGGGUACAAAUAAUCAGAUGGUGGUACUUACUAAACUAAAACAGUUACAUGCAAUAAGGAGACCAAAUAAAACAGCUUUUAGCAUUGUGGUCUUACAUUUGGGAGCAUUGUGGUCUUAAAUUUCACUCUUUUUGUUUUAUGACAAUUUAUAUGUUAAACUGAACCUUUUUGAUUGCUUCUCGCCAAAUCAAGCUUUAGUGUAGAGCAAUAACAGUUCCGCUAGCAAAGUAAAAGUACAAGGAACAUUCGCCAAUCGUGCCUUGCUGUUUGUAAAGGCUUAACAGUUUACGGUACUGUGCUGUAGAUGGAAGCGUCUUUCUUAGCCUAGAAAGGAUGCCCUAUUUACCAGUUUAGCUAAAAUCAACUGAUCUGAUGAUGAAACUGUAGUCUUGCUUUAAGAGAGAGAGCAUGUAUAUAUCCUCUUUUAUAGAGUUGUGCUUUUUUAUCUGUUACUUCUCAUUUCUUAGUUCCUUAUCCUAUUAUAAUAGAGCUCUGAAGUCAUGUCAUUCUGUAGUCUGGGUCUUGCUCACAUUAGCAACUCCAGGUCUUAGUAGUUUUACCCAAUGGGGAAAGUCAAUGCUGUUUUCAAAGAUCGCUGGCCUUUCAAUCUGUGAGUGUAAGACUGCUAUUAAUCUUCUGAUUUUAAUCUACACCGAUGAGCCAGAACAACGUACCAACACGCAUGUCGAGGUCUGCGACACAGUCAAGAGUAAGCAAACAGUCGUUGUUGGUGUGAAGACGUAAGCACGGCCAGAUUACUGAGUCACAUUGGUGGGCUUGUGUGGUGACUACCUACCAGCUGUGGUCCGAGGAGGUACAAAGCACAAAUCAGCGACAGGAUGUUGGGGCCUCAAGGCACAUCGACGCACAGUGCAAAUGCAGCAAAGGCUAUUCUGUCUGAUCUACACCAGCAGUUACUGUGGUGUCAGAUUCCAACCACUAGUUAGGACCCCCAAAUCACUUGAUACUACCAGUGCCAAGAGGGCGUAAAGCUAGCACAGGCUUCCACCGAGACCUAUGAAGCCCUGCCAUUAAUGCAUCGUCAUUGAACAUCCUUGGAGGAAAGUGCCAACUGACUAGCAUCAUGAUGAGUGAUGUGGGGAGAGAGGGGGGCCAUUCUACCCACCUAAAGAGAGUAAGGCCAGUUGUUCUCCCUUGGGCUCCCGGCCACGGAGGAUUGUAGCAUCACCAGGGAUUGACUUGGUGUUCUCCCAACGAUAGGGUCAACGCUUAGACGAGAGCCUGCUGCGCUCUGAGUGCCUAUUCUAACCCCUGUCCACCAUCGCAAGCGCAUACAAUGGGCACAUGAACGUCAGUACUGGACGUAGGUGCCUACUUCAAUAAGUCCCAUUUUCUUUUACAUCACUUAGACGGCCGGGUGUGCGCCGUUUAUCUGGGGAAGCGAUGGCACCGGGAUACACUGCAGAAAGAAGACAAGCUGGUGCACAGCGUGUGAUGCUCUGGGCAAUGUUACGCUUGUCCAGGCAGUUAUGUGGACAUCAAUUUGACUAGUGCCACCUACCUAAACAAUGUUGAGGACGAGAUAUCCUCCUUAUACAACACGGCACCUUCAGAGGUCAUUACUUGGCAGCUUGGGGCUGUUUUGAUGGCAGGUAGUCAUGUUUUGGCUCAUCUGUGUAUAAACUCAAAUCUCCAAAGUAACUUUACCACACUUGACACACUUUGCUGAUAUGUUAUGGUGAGUUUGGGAACGUUGUGACGUAGUAGUGGUUAUAGUGGUGUAGCUUAUAUGUAGCAAUAUUUGUAUUUUGACUACUCAGCCUCACAGUUCAGAGAACCCAGAGGAGAAAAAUGUAUGAAGGCCAGAACGCAUCAGCUUUGGAACAUGUUUUCCUACUGGAAGGUGCAACUGUACCAGUUUUUGAAAACGUCGUUCAUUUUUCCCGUAGAAAUCUGCUUCGAUCCAGAGUGAAAUGACGACACAGCUUCAGAGGUCUAUGAGGGACACAGUGCACCCCCAUUGCAGUUCUUCACUGAUGAUCCAGCACACUUAUCGUACUUAAAAUAAGCUGAGGUUUGCUGAGAAAUGGUGCACUGAAAAAAAAGCUCCUGAUGGUAUGAUUGCAGGUUUUGGGAUCAUCAUGUAGUGACCGAAAGAAACGACACACUAAGAUUACAUUACAGUACAGAAUUAACGGGUUAAGGAAAGCAAGACUUCAGUUCCCACAGCCCUACUAUAUUUUUAUUACACAAAGUCUGUUGGGAGAGUAGAUACAUCAUUUAAUUAUGAUCAUGCUAAUAAUAAUAAUAGCAAGAGUUACAUUUUAGGUGAUGACUGUUUAAUGUUAACAUCAUUGAGUGUUAUUGCAGAACAUUCCAAUAAUAAACCUAUAAUUUGCUGGUUAAAUUCAAAAUAUUUGACCUCUUACUUAAGUUUUCAUGGCAAAAACAUGUUAUAAAAGACCAAUUUAAUAAUACAAGGGCUGAAUGCUUCUGAAUUUGACACUUACACUCACUUAGUUUUGCCAGAACGUUUCAGAAAACGUGUUGAACAUGAUGUGAAUACAGUAUAUCUUUAUGCACACCCUUACAAAUACAUACCUCAGGGGCCCUUAUACUCCCGUAAGUUACGUCAAAAUGUGAUGGGGAAACGCUGGAGGGUUUAAGUGGUUGAUUGCUGGAUGUUUUUGGCUUUAAUAAAAGCAGCUCUAAUGCUUUGUAUGACAGUGCAGUGGUACUGGAAUGCGUAAAAGAACAAUCGACAGCAUCCAGCUUUUGAAUGUAAAGGGAGUCGGAGUGAAUAACAACAUUGUUUCCAAUGCUGUAAAUAAAAUGUUAACAGUAAGCUACUGCUGUCCUUAACUACAUUUCAUAUGUUGACGCCGUUUGAGUUGGCAUAUUAAGCGUAGCUGUUUGUCCUCACUUCUCGUUUUUCCAAUCAGAAUAAAGACGUUUUAUCCAGUC